ACCCAAGCACAUGGCGUUCGACUAAUCUCGUCAUCCCGAAGUUGAUCGGAUCCUAGUUCUAAUUUCUGUUGUUGAUGUGUUGUUGAACUUUCAAAUAAAAAUAAUAAUCGCAAUGUAAUUACCAGAUUAAAUUGUUAGAAAAUGAAAAGGCAGCUAGAUUUGAUGGAAUAAAUAAAACAUUCAAAAUGGAUGGUUACCCUGGAUUCUGGUUGAUCUUCUUAACCGUGUUGUCAACCUUCCCAUUUUCACAUGGCUACCUAAAUUUAUAUUUAAAUUUGCAAGAAGUCCAGAGACUAUUGGGUUUGGGUGCUGAAAUGUAUUAUGUGAGGGAUGGUAGUAUUAAUGACUAUGCAUUGAAAUUUGUUGUUCCAGUUCCAGCUAAAGUUGACUCAUCACUGUUCACAUGGGAAAAUGUGGCAGGACGAACGCUACCAUACUCCAUUGAAGUGACUGCCAAUAGUGGAGCUCUCUACCCUCCACAGCUGAACAUAUCAGCAACAGGAAAUGUUCCUACAUCAACUCAGACAUUUAGCGUAUCAUUCGCUUGCACUGGAUUCUCAGCUGCUGAAGUAAUGGUCGUCAUAAAAAUCAACAUUUCUGUAGCCCAAAAUAAUGUUACUUCCCUUGUUAUAAAACGAAAGAAAAUAUGUACGAAGUUAGAGGAAUUUAUGGGUUCUCAAGUUUUCAUUGACACAGUGCCAAGCCAUUCAAAUUCAACAAAGAUUUUCUACUUUGCUGUGGGUACUGCUCUGGUGAUGUUGACAAUCUUGGCCCUUUUUGUCAUUUUGUUCUAUGUCAAAAAUAAAAAAGAAAGAAGAACAGUUGAACAUAACAAUAAACCAUCUGAUUCUUAUCUAAGUACAAUGCCAAGGAAUGCUGUGAAUUUCACAUAUAAUGAAAGUUUCAGAAGUGCUCCUAGUUAUUCCCUUCUAGAUGAACGUUUUAAGGAUCUCCAAGAGAGAAUUGCAGAACUCACAGUACAAAGAUGUAGAGUUCGAUUGAGCAGUGUAGUGAUGGAAGGUACCUUUGGUAGGGUUUAUCUCGGAUCUUACACUACAGAAAAUGGGAAAGAAGAAACGGUGAUAAUCAAAACAGUUACAGACCAUGCUAGUGAAGUCCAGAUCUCUCUUUUGCUUCAAGAGGGGAUGUCAAUGUACUCCUUGAAUCAUAAGAACAUUCUUAGCAUUCGUCGUGUUUCUAUUGAAGAUCAUACAGCUCCUUUUCUUCUUUUCCCAUACAAAUAUACAAAAAAUUUGAAGACUUUCCUACAGAAAUGUAAACUAUCACCUGAAGGUGUGUCUCAUACUUUGACUACUCAAGAAGUUGUUGAUAUGGCUCUGCAAGUUAUACACGGAUUGAGUUACCUUCAUAAAAAGCAUUUGUUGCACAAAGACUUGGCUGCUAGAAACUGUGUGGUGGACGACAAAUUGAAGGUGCAAAUUGCAGAUAAUGCUUUGUCAAGAGACUUAUUUCCAUCAGAUUAUCAUUGUUUAGGUGACAAUGAAAAUAGGCCGGUGAAAUGGCUGGCUAUUGAAAGCUUGUUGCACAAAACAUUCUCGACUAGUUCGGACAUUUGGUCAUUUGGUGUUUUGCUUUGGGAACUGACAACGUUGGCUCAACAGCCGUACAUUGAAAUUGAUCCAUUCGAAAUGUCAGCCUAUUUGAAAGACGGUUAUCGACUUGCUCAACCUAUUAAUUGUCCAGAUGAAUUGUUUGCAGUUAUGGCAUACUGUUGGGCAAUGAGUGCAGAUGAAAGACCUACUUUAAAUCAACUGCAAGUGUGCUUGGAAGAAUUUUACACUCAAUUGACUAGAUACGUUUGAGUAUAAUAGAUAUUUCUUUUUAUUUUUUUAUUCAAUGACUGAGCUGUUACGCACAGUUUUUUUUAUUUGGAUUCUCAAUUUGAAGAGUUUGAAAAUCCUCGAAAAUAUAGGAUAAAUUAAAUUACAGUUAAUUAUCUGGCGUGUCAAAAAAAAAUUAUUGGGUUUUUCUUACUUGAAAACGAGAAAUAGAAAAUAAAAAUUCAUCUUUACAGUAGUUUUUCAUAACAUUUAGAAAUCCGAAAGAAAAUUAUGCAUUUUUUUUUAUUUGAUUAAAAGAUGUGCUUGGAUAAGUACAGGUUGGCCCAACAUAUAAUUGACUAGAGAAUUGAAGAGCCGAUGAUGAGAACAGGAAAUAUGUUCAAGUUAACUACACAUUUUUCAAUAUUUAUCUGCUGAAACUUGUCAAAUUUUGUUGGUUCACUCUGUGCCAAUUAUAUACGCAAUUGCUUAGAAUAUUUGUAUACAGGGUAAUAUGAGUGUUGAUUGAUGUUUAAGAAAUGUUAAUGGAAUAUUAAUAGUAUUCAAUGUAGAGUUUAAUAAACCACUGCCAAUAAAAAUUUUUCAUAUAAAUAAACUAAUUUCUAAACAAUUUAUUAGUUUGGAAAUUAUGUUGAAAUAAUUUUUUCAAUUGCAGUAUUGUAUUUUCAAUAACUAAUCAUUAUGUUUAUUUUAUCAUUGGAUAGUUUUAUAUUGUAAUAAUGCCUAAUCCUUUUAUUAGAUGAAAUUAAUUUAAUGUUUUAAAUCAUAUCCUAUAAGUUUUAAAAAUGCAAUAUACUUUGUUCCAGAAAUUUAAUUUUUCAAGACUGACUUUAUUAUCAUAAUGUGAAUUUUAUAUCAUGAUCUCAUUUUUUUUUUCACGGAUUAUUCGAUAGAAAAUAAAUAUAUCCGAAAUUUUUAUUGUAAGUCCAUUUAUGUUAAUCAAAACAUAAAUCAAAUCAAUUUGAAAAAACUAAUAUGUAUUAUAUCUUCUCAACUGAAUUAAAAUAUGCAUGUUAGAUAAUUGUAUUAAUAUUUUUAUACUAAGAGAUAUUGAAUAAAAUGUUCAAUUACU